AUGCCCGACGACACGCUGGCGCUCCUCCGCAACCGCUCGGAGGAGGCGCGAGUCCUGACCGGCGGCGGCAGCGGCCCUCAGGGGGGUGGGCGGCCUGCCUGGGUCAUCGGCAUCCUAGCCAGCGUGCUCAUCUUCACCACCGUGGUGGACGUGCUGGGCAACCUGCUGGUCAUCAUCAGCGUUUUCCGCAACCGGAAACUGAGGAACUCGGGUAACGUUUUUGUGGUGAGUUUGGCCUUCGCUGACCUGGUGGUGGCGUUCUACCCGUACCCUCUGGUCCUCUACGCUCUCUUCCAUGACGGAUGGGCGCUAGGCAACACGCAAUGCAUGGUGAGCGGCUUCCUGAUGGGCCUGAGUGUGAUCGGCUCCAUCUUCAACAUCACGGGCAUCGCCGUCAACCGCUACUGCUACAUCUGCCACUCCUUCUCCUACAGCCGCCUGUACAGCUACCGCAACACGCUGCUCUUCGUGGCCUUAAUAUGGGUGUUGACCGUGGCGGCCAUCGUGCCCAACUUCUUCGUGGGCUCGCUGCGCUAUGACCCGCGUGUCUACUCCUGCACCUUCGCCCAGAACGUCAGCAGCUCCUACACGGUGGCCGUGGUGGUGGUGCACUUCCUGGUGCCCAUUGCCGUGGUCACCUUCUGCUACCUGCGCAUCUGGAUACUCGUGAUUCAGGUGCGUCGCAAAGUGAAGACGGAUGAGAGCCCUCGCCUGCGCCCGAGCGACCUGCGCAACUUCAUCACCAUGUUCGUGGUGUUUGUGCUGUUCGCCAUCUGCUGGGCGCCGCUCAACCUGAUCGGGCUGGCGGUGGCGCUGGACCCGUCGCGCGUGGUGCCGCUGAUCCCCGAAUGGCUCUUUGUGGUCAGCUACUUCAUGGCCUACUUCAACAGCUGUCUCAACGCCGUCAUCUACGGACUGCUCAACCGCAACUUCCGCAACGAGUACAAGCGCAUCGUCACCUCGGUGUGGGUGACGCGACUCUUCGUCACCGAGACGUCACGGGCCGCCACUGACGGCCGCAGCCUGCGCAGCAAGCAGUCUCCGCCGCCGCCACUCAACAACAACGAGUCGAUGAGGGAUCGAGUCAACAACAAAGACUGAACGUGUUAGCGUCAUAACAGAACAAUCCCAUCGGUCAUGAACGGCCUAAACUUCCAAAGCCUCAAAUACAUCCGACUUGCAUCACUUGAAAGCCAACUUAGUAAAAACAGAACUGAUAAUCAGGGUAUUUAGUGGGAAAAAAAAAAUAUAUUCCAGGAACUUUUAGUUCUUGCUAUUUCCUUGCCCAACAUUUGUGACAGAGGCUUGCCCUGUUCACAGUAUUUUUUUAAUGGAGAAUUUAAAAAUGUUAACAGCUGUUCUGCUAGCAUAUAGCAGGAUAGCACAAUACAAAAAAAGUGAGAAUUAACAAGAGGCUAACAGCCGGCAUGCGAACAGUCAUUGUGGUUUUCUUUGAAAAAACAGCAACGAGUCCAAACGUGUUAAU